AUGUGCACUGGAUCUUUGGAUAAGUUUAUAUAUACUCAAGAAUCUUCGAGUACAAAUUGCAAUUUGGAGUGGAACAAACUUUAUCAAAUCGCAGUCGGCAUUGCUAGAGGACUAGAAUAUUUACACAGAGGUUGUAACACAAGAAUCGUGCAUUUUGACAUAAAACCUCACAACAUUCUUUUAGACAAAGACUUUUGCCCAAAAAUAUCUGACUUCGGGCUUGCGAAACAAUCCAACCAAAAGGAGAGUAUCAUAUCAAUGUUGAACGCAAGAGGAACUGUAGGAUAUAUUGCACCAGAAGUGAUUUGUAGAAACUUUGGAGGAGUCUCUCACAAGUCUGAUAUUUACAGUUACGGAAUGAUGAUUCUAGAAAUAGUUGGAGCAAGAAAGAACAUUAAUGUUAGGAUAUCUCAAACAAGUGAAGUAUAUUUUCCAGAUGCUAUUUAUAACCUUGUUGAACCGAGUAAUGAUUUUAAACUUCCAGGUGUUGUCACUGAAGAGGAAAAAGAGACGGCAAAAAAGAUGAUAUUAGUGAGCUUGUGGUGCAUUCAAACGAAUCCAUCUGAUAGACCAUCAAUCACGAAAGUUAUCGAGAUGUUGGAAGGUAGGCCAGAAAACUUGCAAAUUCCACCAAAACCUUAUUGGUCUUCUCCGCCAAGAUCCCCUAAACAUUCUUUCCCGGCAUCUUCAUCAACACAACUUGCAUCAGAGGAAGAACCGCUCAAAGAUCAGAGUGAUAUGUAA